AUGGCGUUCGCUUCGCGUUGGAGGGAGCUGAAAAAGGAUGGCUGGAGGUCAAGACGCCCAACUGGGCUGUCUAACCACUUCACGUAUCUCAAGCCAGGCAAAACAAAGAAGGAUGUAAGAAGGACAGACUAUUUUGUUGGGGAGGAAGAGUUGAUGCGAUACCUGGACACGCUGGACCUCGAACAACCUGCUGGUGAAGCUGCACACGAAACCUCUGCUGGUGCUGGCAAAGAUAAUGUGGGCGCUUCACUGCGCAACGAAAGCUUGCUCGCACAAGGCAGCCGACUUGCAACGCCAUCUCCAGAGAACAACGCAGUCAUAGUUGAAGGGUCGCCUCAUGGCAUAUCGUAUCCAUCUGCGGACGAGUCGGUUGAGAGCAACGAAUCCGAGUCAUUGCCAGGUACGAUUGCUGCUGCUGAUUCACGCAUUAGGCAUCGAAUCAUAACGCUACUGUUCUGUAGGCUCAUCACGGAACCCCAGGAAGCUCGAAAGCGCGUUUCAGGACGCAGACGUCACCAGCAAUCACGAAGAAAUCUUGGUGGCGAUGGAUACGUGCGCUUGGAAUCUGACUCCGAAAAUGAUGAAGGUGUGAGCUGGGAUGCUGAUGAUUUGCUGGCCGACAACAGCCAGCCCUUGGAUGACGAAGAAAUUUCACCACCGCCCGAAAUGCUAUUUGACCGGUCGCUACUUGAUGCUGUUGGAGGUGUUGGAACAGUGGAGCGUGGGGCGUUACCCAUAGAGUUGCUUGGUGAGAUGGCAGAGCGAGACGCCGUACGACUAUCUAUUGAACCGUAUGAGCCUCGACCUACCAACGCAAUGCUUGACGACUAUUCACGGCUGUACCAGGGGGAGUUCGGUCCCACAUCACGAGCUCUAUUAGCUGCUGCAACGCCAUCUGGGGCAUUCUUGUACUUUGCACAGCCUGGGCUGUGGGACGAUAUUGCUAGUGCCAGUGAGGAUUACUACCACGAGAGCCUUGACGACCGUGUAGAAGGGCAAUUCGCUAAGCAAGUGGCAAGGAAAACGAAGCAUCCUGGCUUCAAGCGAAAAACCCGCGAACAGAUUCGAGAGGAGCUGGAUCAGGCUGCGGAAAUAACGGGGCGAGAGCUGUGUGUGUUCAUCGGGCUGCUGAUUGCAAGAAGUGUUUGCUCGAACAAGGAGAAACUUGAGAACCACUGGAAAACCGUGGAUGAGGGGGCGAUUCCUCGCGGGUGUUUCGGUCAGUUCAUGGUUUGUGAUCGGUUCAUGCACAUCACUCGUAACUUGCAUUUUAGCUCCAACUCGGAUGAGCGUGCACGUACCGAGAAGGCGUGGAAAUUGAGGCCUGUGAUUGAUGCCUUGCAGGCACGCUUCCAGUCUGGCUACAUACCCCCAGCCAUUAUGGCUUUUGACGAGGCCAUGCUGCCUUCUCGUUCGAGUUUCAAUAAAAUGCGGGUGUACAUGAAAGACAAGCCCCAUAAAUGGGGGACAAAGCUAUUCAUGCUUUGCUGCAGUACAACGGCGUAUUGCAUUCGGUGA